CGCCCCCCGCAGCGCUUUCGGGGCACGGACGGCGCGGAGCCGGCGGCGGAGCAGGCGAGGCCGGCCAAGGCGGAGGAGGCCAAGGAGAGAGCGGCGAAGCCCGAGGAGGCCCGGGAGGAGGGGCCGCCGAAGUACACCAAGUCCAUUCUGAAGAAGGGCGACAAAAUCAACUUCCCGAAGAAGGGAGACACCGUGCACUGCUGGUACACGGGGAAGCUCCAGGACGGGACAGUCUUUGACACCAACGUUCAAACAGGUUCAAAGAAGAAAAAAGCUGCCAAGCCUUUAAGUUUCAAAGUUGGCAUAGGAAAAGUUAUCAGAGGCUGGGAUGAAGCUCUCUUGACGAUGAGCAAAGGAGAGAAGGCUCAACUGGAAAUUGAACCCGAGUGGGCGUACGGCAAGAAAGGGCAGCCUGAUGCAAAGAUUCCACCAAACGCAAAACUUUUCUUUGAAGUGGAAUUGGUGGAUAUUGAAUGAAGUGAAGAUUUUCCUUGCUGCUGGGAAUCCAUUUGAGCAAGAAAGCUUCUGACAGCUGCAGUUUUGCUCUUGUAACUUCAGGAUAUAACUACAACUGUGGCCUUGUAUCGAAAUCAAGUUUGUUUCCCCCAACUGCUGUACAGUAACAUACCACUAAAGAAAACGUUGUUUAUACUUGCAACUGAUUUUACUCUUGUGUACGCUUACCUUAAAACUUCUCUUAGUAUGGGGGGAGGGGAGGUGCAUGAGUGUCAAGUAAAACUGCUGAAGGAG